AUGCUCUCAUCUAUACGUGGUGGUUUGCGACAACCGUCUAUUAGAGCAACAUGGGCCAUCGUUCGUUCAAGUCCUGGCAGGUCCUUACACACUGUUCCAGAGAUGCCACAUUUAGACCGCGAAAAGGGUAUCUCGGGCCUACUCUCGCCAAAGGGCCUGGAGGUAGCUUGGUUUCAAUAUCAAGCGUAUCUUAUCAAUGAACUCAACAAACGCACCCAGGAUACAUAUUUGAAGGACAGUACGCCUUUCCAAAUCAUGAGAGCAACUGCUGAUCUACCGGAGUUUCAUGAUAUCAAUUUCUAUGCUUCUCAGGCUUACAGUAAUGAGUUUUUUUUCGAAUCUUUGAAGGACUCGGUUAAUCUUGAGGCCAAGAUUGGCAGACCGGUGAAUAAAAGCUUUGUAGAUAUUUCCACGCAUGUUAUAAACAGUCCGUUUAUAAGUGCUGCCUCUAGCACCACUAGUUCUGGUAGUACCUCAAGUUCGCCUGAUUCAUCUGCGGCUCGUUUGUCAAAUCUUCUUACUCAUUCUUUUGAUACAGCUGUAUCGUUCAGGGAACUUUUAAUUAACCGUGCUGAUUCGAUUUUUGGAAACGGUUAUGUAUGGUUGCUAUGGCUCAGCGACUGGGAUGUAAGACUUGUAAACACCUACAAUUCAGGAACUCCGCUAUCACAUGUCAGAAAUACGGAGACCGCAGAGGCUGCUGCUCAUAAUUCAGCCCGGUCAUUUGGCCAAAUCAAUUCAUCCUUUGAGGUUAAUUCGAAUGUGCCACUUCUUAACUUCAACGCUUGGCAGCAUGUAUACCUUACCGACUAUGGAGUUGCUGGUAAGAGGAAGUUCUUAGAGAAUCUUUUUGAUUGCAUUGAUUGGGACAGAGUCUCGAAAAGAAUUCCAAAACAGCAAGAAUAUGGUACUAAGUACCAAUAA